GAGGUUGCGAGGUCGCCAUCGCACAACGUUCAAAAUUUCCCCACCUCCGCACCAGCUCAGCAGGCCACGUGUAAAGCGCUCGUGUGAAUAAGACACAGAGACCCGGCCACACCAGGUGCAGGUGUUCGUCACUCGUCGCUUCCUUCAGAUGGCGAUGGCGAUGCGACGCGCGGCGGCGCUCGGCGCCCGCCACAUCCUGGCCGCCUCCGUCUCCGCCUCCUCCCGCGUCGCCAGCCGCCGCCACAUGGGCAGCGUGGACGCGGGCGCGGCGAUGGAGAAGAUCCGGGCGGCGGGGCUGCUCAGGACGCGCGGCCUCAUCGGCGGCAAAUGGGUCGACGCCUACGACGGGAAGACCAUCGAGGUGCAAAAUCCAGCAACUGGCGAGGUCCUAGCAAAUGUAGCCUGCAUGGGCAACAGAGAAACAGCUGAUGCAAUAACUUCUGCUAACACUACAUUUUAUACUUGGAGCAAACUCACUGCAAGUGAAAGGAGCAAGGCACUAAGAAAAUGGCAUGACCUACUUAUGUCACACAAGGAAGAACUUGCACUUCUUAUGACACUGGAACAGGGGAAGCCUAUGAAAGAAGCCCUUGGGGAGGUGAACUAUGGUGCAAGUUUCAUAGAAUUUUUUGCUGAGGAAGCAAAGCGUGUGUAUGGUGAUAUUAUUCCCCCAACUCUAGCUGACCGCAGACUAUUGGUUCUGAAGCAGCCUAUUGGCGUAGUUGGAGCUAUUACACCAUGGAAUUUUCCUUUAGCAAUGAUAACCAGAAAGGUUGGACCAGCAUUGGCUUGUGGAUGCACUGUUGUUGUCAAGCCAUCAGAGUUCACACCUCUGACAGCAUUAGCUGCAGCAGACCUUGCUCUUCAAGCUGGAAUACCAGCUGGUGCACUAAAUGUUGUGAUGGGUAAUGCUCCUGAGAUAGGUGAUGAACUAAUGCAGAGCACGCAGGUCAGAAAGAUUACGUUCACGGGUUCAACAGCUGUUGGCAAAAAACUGAUGGCUGGAUCAGCAAACACUGUGAAAAAGGUUUCUUUGGAGCUCGGUGGGAAUGCGCCUUGCAUUGUUUUCGAUGAUGCAGAUAUUGAUGUUGCCGUUAAAGGCAGUCUUGCUGCCAAGUUUCGGAACAGUGGACAGACGUGUGUAUGUGCAAACAGGAUAUUGGUGCAAGAAGGUAUCUAUGAAAAAUUCGCAAGUGCAUUUGUCAAGGCUGUUCAGAGUUUGCAAGUCGGUAAUGGGCUAGAAGAGAGUACAUCACAGGGUCCUCUAAUCAAUGAAGCUGCUGUUCAAAAGGUAGAGAAGUUUGUAGGUGAUGCUACUUCAAAGGGAGCCAACAUCAUGCUCGGUGGUAAAAGGCACAGCCUUGGGAUGAGCUUUUAUGAGCCAACCGUGGUAGGGAAUGUAAGCAAUGAUAUGCUUCUUUUCAGUGAAGAAGUUUUUGGUCCAGUUGCACCACUUAUACCAUUCAAAACUGAGGAGGAAGCAAUCCAUUUAGCAAACGACACCAAUGCAGGCUUAGCCGCAUACAUGUUUACAAAGAACAUUGCGCGGUCAUGGCGUGUUUCUGAAGCUCUUGAAUACGGGCUUGUCGGUGUGAACGAGGGAUUAAUUUCAACAGAGGUAGCGCCAUUCGGUGGGGUUAAGCAGUCUGGGCUUGGGCGAGAAGGAUCAAAAUACGGCAUGGACGACUACCUGGAGAUUAAGUACGUAUGCAUGGGCAACCUGGGUUGAUGUUUGAAGUUGGCCUUCGCUUCCACCUGAAUGGAGAAGAAGGAUCGAGAACCUACUGGGGCCAGGUGCGCUGAUAAGCGUGGAUAGCUCUGCAGGCGUAAUAAGGUGUAAGAUGGAACGAAAAGGGAGGACAGUUUUAGAAGCUUGGAAUAAAGAGAGUAAAGCCGUGUCCGAAUAAAAGGUGCAAAUCCGAGUGAAGAGGGAGGGCAGUCUAGAAGCUUGGAAUAAAGAGAGUAGGCCGUGCCCAAAUAAAAGGGUUGUAAUGAGUUGUAAAUGAAUGAAACGUGAAGCACGGCUUCGUCUCUGAACUUUGGUACUACUCAAUAAUCAUCACGUUGUUCACUUGACGCA